GGAGGGUGGGGAAGAGGGAGAGAGAGAGAGAGAGACAGAGGGGCUUUGGGGAGCUGCAAACAACACAAGGAGACAACUUGUGGGAGAUUUGCAAGAAUGGGAUUCGACCCCGAACGUUUCAGCGGGGACGUGGAUCCUGACUUCAAGUGCAACCUGUGCCACAAAGUGCUGGAGGACCCCCUGGCCACUCCGUGCGGGCACGUCUUCUGCGCCGGCUGCGUGUUGCCCUGGGUGGUGCAGCGGGGCAGCUGCCCGGCGCAGUGCCGCCCGCUCGGCCCCCGGGAGCUCAACCACGUCCUGCCGCUCAGGAACCUCAUCCUCAAGCUGGAGAUCCGCUGCGGCAACUGGGAGCGGGGCUGCGCCAAGGUGCUGAGGCUGCAGCACUUGGCCGAGCACGCCGAGACGUGCGAGUACUCGGCGGCCGAGUGCAGGAACCCGGGCUGCGGGCAGGCGCUCAGCCUGCGGGACGUGGACGCUCACAUGCGGGAGAGCUGCGAGCAGCGGCCGGUCGGCGUGUGCCAGCGGGGCUGCGGCUCGGUGCUGGUGCACCGGGAGCUCCGGCUGGGCUCGCACUGCUGCGUGCGGGCGCUGAAAGCUCAGAUGGCCGCGCUGCAGCGCCAGCUCCGCCGGCAACAAGCCAGGGCGGGCAAACGCGAGAAGUCGCUGCUCUCCCGGCUGUCAGCCGCCCAGAGUGAGCUGCAGGUGACAGCCCUCCGCUACCAGAAGAAAUUCACCGAGUACAGCGCCAGGAUCCGCUCCCUGACUGAGAACAGCAGCAUCCCCCCCUGCAGCGGAGGAGAAACACUGACCAUCAUCAUGCAGCGGGACUCGGGUUCCCUGGGAUUUAAUAUCAUUGGUGGCAGACCUUGUGCGGAAAAUCAAGAGGCCACAGCCUAUGAGGGGAUUUUUGUGUCAAAAGUAGUGGAGAAUGGGCCAGCUGACAAAGAAGGGGGAUUACAGACCCAUGACCAGAUUCUGGAGGUUAAUGGUAAGGACCUAUCCAGAGCAACCCAUGAGCAGGCAGUAGAAGCUUUCAGAACAGCCAAAGAACCCAUUGUCGUACAAGUAUUGCGAAGAACUCCGCGGACAAAAGUGAUUAAUGCAUCUCACGAAUGUCAGCUGGUAGAUAUGGGCACUCAGACAGACAUCACUUUUGAACACAUCAUGACACUGGCUAAAAUAAGACCACCUACUCCACCAGUCGUGGUACUAGACCAAUACCUUUUGCCUGAAGAACAUCCAUCAGGACAGGAUUAUUACGAUCCAAAUGACUACUUGGGUUUGCAAACUGAAAUGGACAGAGAAGAGUUAGAAUACGAGGAAGUAGACUUGUACAGAUUACACAGUCAAGACAAGCUUGGUCUCACAGUUUGCUAUAGAACAGAUGACGAAGAUGACUUGGGAAUAUACAUAAGUGAGAUUGAUCCCAACAGUAUUGCAGCGAAAGAUGGCCGCAUAAGGGAAGGAGACCGAAUAAUUCAGAUAAAUGGUAAUGAGAUUCAAAACAGACAGGAGGCUGUGGCCCUGUUGACCAGCGAUGAAAGCAAGAAUAUUUCUCUGCUUUUGGCACGGCCUGAGAUGCAGUUGGAUGAAGGCUGGAUGGAUGAUGACCGAAACGAUUUCCUGGAUGAAUUGCAUAUGGACAUGCUAGAGGAACAGCAUCACCAGGCUAUGGAGUUUACAGCCAACAUGCUUCAACAGUACAAGCAGAUCAUAAUACGCAGGAUGAUUGAACAGAGGGAUGAAUACAAAGUUACAGCAGCAAAGAAGAAAAAGCAAGAAGAAGAAGAAGGCACAACAGAUACAGCCACGAUAUUGUCAAACCAGCACGAGAAAGAUAGUGGUGUUGGGCGCACUGAUGAGAGCACUCGUAAUGAUGAAAGUUCAGAGCAGGAGAACCUCGGAGAUGAGCAAACGACCUCCAAUAGCCUCAGUCACCACAUGAAGCUCAUGUACAGCCAGGACACUCUUGGUAGUGGCGACAUGCCUUUCAGCAAUGAGUCAUUCAUGUCAGGCGACUACACAGAUGCGGAUUUUCUUGGCAUUCCAGCUGAUGAGUGCGAGAGGUUCCGCGAGCUACUGGAGCUAAAAUGUCAGAUGCAGAGUGCCAACCAGUACAGCCUAUACUAUCAAAGCAGCACCAUGGAUAUGAGUAAGAAUGACCAGGAAAGUGUUGACCGAGAGCUUGAAAUGUUGAACGAAGAAUUGCGCAACAUUGAGCUGGAGUGUCUGAGCAUAGUGCGAGCCCAUAAGAUGCAACAGCUGAAAGAGCAGUACAGAGAGUCAUGGAUGUUGCACAACAGUAGUUUCCACAACUACAACACCAGCAUUGAUAGCCGCCGGCAUGAACUCUCCGACAUCACCGAGCUGCCUGAAAAGUCAGAUAAGGAUAGCUCCAGCGCUUACAACACUGGUGAAAGUUGUCGAAGCACACCACUGACAUUAGAAUUGUCUCCCAACAACUCGUUGCGCAGAACAGCUGAAGAUAUCAACAGUGAAAGCACUGAUGGAACAGCCAGCAAUCCUACUUCCAACAGCUCAGCUCAAAAGCCGCUACUGUCCCUUGUGAGAAGCCAAGAGUAUAACCCUAUAAAAUCCAACUCUGUGACCAAGGAAUCUGACCAUGGCCACCUGUCAGAGGGGAAGGAGGAGACAAGUCUUGCCGAGGGCACCAAAGGCCAUGUUUUCACCCAGAACUCAGGUUCACGAAGCAUGCCAUAUUCAACCAGAUUCCACCAUUCCCCAUACAGACAUGCUCAUAUCCCAGCACAUGCUCAACACUAUCAAAGCUACAUGCAAUUGAUACAGCAAAAAUCUGCCGUGGAAUAUGCACAGAGCCAAAUGAGCCUUGUGAGUAUGUGCAAAGAGCCACCUUCUCAGGAGUCCUCACAUCAAUUGGAGCCCAAAAUGGAAUGGAAGGUAAAAAUCCGAAGUGAUGGAACAAGAUACAUUACCAAGCGGCCCGUCAGAGAUAGACUCCUGAAAGAACGUGCACUGAAGAUUAAAGAAGAACGGUGUGGUAUGACCACUGAUGAUGAUGCAAUCAGUGAGAUGAAAAUGGGCCGUUAUUGGAGCAAAGAAGAACGAAAGCAGCAUCUGGUGCGUGCCAAGGAGCAGAGAAGGCGGCGUGAAUUCAUGAUGCAGAGUAGAUUGGAAUGUUUAAAAGAACAGCAGAGUACAGAUGAGAAGAAGGAAGUGAACAUAAUCGAACUGAGUCACAAAAAGAUGAUGAAGAAAAGGAGCAAAAAAAUAUUUGACAACUGGAUGACAAUACAGGAACUGUUAACCCAUGGCACUAAAUCACCUGAUGGAACAAGGAUAUAUAAUUCCCUGUUAUCUGUCACAACUGUUUAAGUAAGCUUUUCCAUGGUGUACAUUUAAUACUACCAUUUGAGGUAGAAAAGAUCUUGCCUCGUUAAAAGUGGCAUAUUCUGUAAAUAUAUAAAACAAGUCAGUAGUCCCUAUGUGAAUGGAAGUGCUAUAUACAUACCAGAAGUUGAUUUGAUUAUUCCUUUAUAGUGUACUUUAAGCAGCUACCUGAUGUCUCGUUUUCACAUUGCUUAGAAGUUAUUACCUACAGGUUAUUACUUUUGGAAAUUCACGUGCCAAUAGACUUUAGUCCUUGUUUUAUAUAAAUUGGAGACUCCAAUGAGGUAUUUAGGUAUGAAAUGCUAUUUGACUUGAUCACACAAUAAUCUGCAAUCAUGUAUCUGUUUAUACAGAAAACGAUCUUGUAUCUUAUAAUUUCUUGCUGUUCUACUUGUAACUAGCUUAAAUUUGAAUCAGUUUUCAGUUGGAAGAAUCUUUAAAAAAAUGUAGUCCUGGAAUGUGUGUAGACUUGAGCAUUUCUGCUGGCAAAACAAGCUGCAGUAAGUUUGAAUCACUAUACUACAAAUGCAGGAAAUCUGAAAUAAAAACCAAAUGCUUGAGAAACUGAGCAAGUCUGACAGCAUCUGUGGAGACAGAAACAGUUCAAGUUUAUGAUGCUGUAUGCCUCGUAGUCAACUUAAAACAUCAGCGGUUUCUCCUUCCACAGAUGUGUUCAGACCUACUGAGUAUUUCCAGUACUUUCUGUUUUUAUUGCAGUAUAUUAGAGCUGUUUUCUUUGCAUGUACAUACAUAUAAUUUGUUUAUGUGAAACAGAUUGUGUAAUUGUGAAACCCCUUGUAGUUAAUUGUGCGCUUUGUAGGCCUUGGUGAAUUGACCUAUUACAGUUUAAUUAUUAUUUAGUUAGUUACACACUAUUGAUGUCUUGUA